UGUCUUGAUGUUAUUAAUUUAGUUUUUAAAAUGCAUCAAUUGUUUUUUUUGUUGCUUGUCUAUUCAAUUACGUGUUCCGAGACCGAUUCACCAAUAAAAGAUGAAAAUGAUGAAAAAGAUAAAAAUGAUGAAAAAGAUAAAAAUGAUGAAAAAGUGAAAAUUAUUAGGCUACCACAUUGUAAUGCUGAUUGGUGUGAUCCAAGUCACGAACCAUAUCCUAAUAUAGUUUCCAUUAUGACUGGAUACAAUAUUCUUAGAGGGAACCCAUUUACUUCUCAAACAAGCGAUCCAGGUUUUUCUACAGGUUAUAUAUUUGUUCCAACGUAUAGAACAGAAGAUGGAACCUAUGCCCUUCACAGUGGAGUUACAGUUCGUCAGAAUUUACAAUGCAGUCUCACAUCGAGUUCAGAGACAAUUAAAACCGUUAAAGAUUAUUUGAAAAGGAUUAAAAAAGUUGCUUCAGUUGGAAAAACAUUCGUUUCAAACCAAGAAUGGCAAGUUUCUGCUGAGGCUGAAGUAGGUAAAGGUGGGGUGUCAGGCAAAGUUGGUGUCAGCACUACGAUUCCACCUCUAAUUGCAUCUGCGUUUUUAUCAAGCGAGGAAUAUAACGAAAACAGAAGAUUUUUUACAGAAACGCAAGGUGUUGUCACGCUGCGAGACGCCACUUGUGCUACCUAUACCGUUCGUAUUAGCCCCUACGACCCCCCACCAUUUAGUGAUGGUUUUUUAAAAUCUUUAAAACGUUUAAAUAGAGCCAGUGAAAGUAGUCAAUUGAAGUAUUUUGAAAAUUUUGUUGAAGAGUUUGGUACACAUUAUCUUCAACAGACAACAAUGGGUGCUAGAACUGCUAUUAUAAGAAGAUAUUCUCAAGAAGAAUUUAGGAAAAGUACUGAUGAGGCAAUGCAAAAAUGCAUCGAAGACCGUUUAAAUGUAACGAUUGCGGGAAUCGGUAUUGGCCGCACAUCAGAUAGUUGCAAAAAUGUAGAUUUAACGGUAAGUACUGAUACUAUAAAUGAAUUUGAUAGAGAGUCUGUCACAUCUUAUGGUUCUAAGCCAGCAGCUAACAUUAUUGAAUGGUCACAGCAAAAUUUUGAUUCUCCGUUGCCAAUUAAGAUGCAACUUCGUCCAAUAACAGAUUUGUUCUCGGAAAAGUAUAUAAAAAAGGAAAUUAAAUUUGAUUUUCCUAAAAUAUUAAGUUGGUUCAAACCAUUAUAUUUAAGCUAUUGCGAAAAGUUUAAAGUAAGUCUUGGGAUUGAUAAAUGCAAUCCAGAAGAAAUAAAGCAAUGUGGUUGGAGCGAUAAUUGCAUUCCACGGCAAGAAAUUUGUGAGAACACAAGUGACAAAAGCUUUACUUGCUGCAGACUGAAAUGUCUAGAAAGUGUUUGUAAAAACGGAGGAAUAUGUCAAGAUAUUACAGAUGAUAAUAAAUGCAACUUUAAAUGUAUUUGUGGAGAAGGCUGGGAAGGAGAUACUUGCGAAAUAAAAGUUGCACGAUAUGAAGAGAUAAAGAGACUGAUUGAAGCUAAACUCAUCUCUACUAGACCUGAUGUCCCAAACGAACAACUUGCUAGAAUUCUUUAUGAUGAGUUAAAAGUUUAUGAUGGUUAUAAAUUUGUUGUAAAUUGCUACAAAGAGUAUGAUGGAUCUGAAACUGGCACUCAUGCUGCACUUGGUAACUACGUUCAUUUUUAUAAAAAAAAUGGACGAAACGUUGUUGUUGCAUGGGCGAAGGGAAAUUCCUUAAACAAUCAACAGAGAAGCGAAAAAAACCAAAUUGAAAAUGAUUUGGCUUCAUAUGUUUAUAACUACAGAGUUAAUGCAUUACAGAGCGUUGAAAAAGCAUGGAAUGAUUUUAAAAAAUACUAUCCUGAUAUUCCCGUUGUCUUUAUGCAAGUUGUCAGAUAUGGAUGUGGUCUUCGAUCAAAAUAUGAUUCGGAAAACGCUAUCUUCCUUAAAUUUAGUGUUAAGGAGUGGUGGUCUUUACAUGAUUCUAACCUUAUUGUUAUGUUAGGAAAAAUGGAUUAAAAUAUUUGCAAGCUACCGUUAAAUUACAUCAGCAUUUUUUGUGAGGAAAAAAACUUGCAGUUUAUACAAUUAUUAACUUACACAAUAUCAUUUGUCAUUUUUUACACAAUAUCAUUUGUCAUUUUUAAUAAACAGGUUUUUCAAAUUCAGUUUGUAAAUUUGAAUUGUAUUGUCGGAAACACCGAGUUUCUCUGGUGAAUCUUUUUCUGAAAUUAUUUAUUUAUUUUAAAUAUUCUGUAAUUAUUUAUUUUAUAUUAAUAUUUUAAACUGUAUGAAAAUAUUAUGCUGUUAUUUUAAUGA